AUGUCUCUCUGUACUCAAGUCAUUUUGUUAUUGCUGCCUUCUGUCAUUUUUGCCAGCCACUUCUUGGGUGGGUCAGUGACAUUUUCUUACAAUGCAGUAUUCCCAAAUGGCUCUUACAAGGUAAUGGAAAUGGAAAACAGUGGUGACUGGGUGAGCCUUCAGAAUGGGAUCAUUUCCUGGAGUUUACUCACAGUAGUGGACCUUGGAAACCGCUCUGACACGAAUAAACCAAACAGCUCCCCAGUCACUACUAGUAUAUCAUUUGUCAGAGUCCCACAGAACUGUCCACGAACAUACACGAUGAUAACAUUCGACCCAGACAGCGACCAGGGCAGGUGUCGUUACGGAGUAUCAGGAAAUGAUGAAUGCGUGGGCUGUGCGAUUCCUUCUGGCUUUGCCCUGGGUCAAACCACAAUCAACCAAAAGGACUUCUGUACUUUAAGUUACACCAGUGCCUCAGCUGGGUUCUAUGGGUUAGAGAUUGUUGUGGAGGACUUUCCUCAACAAACUAUCACAUUGUCCUACAAAAACGGCGGAUCAUCUUCCAGAGGACCGUAUAGUCCAGGUGCCAGCCCACUAAGCAGAAUUCCGCUGCAUUUUGUUGUUAAGGUUGAGGCUGCUGUAAGUUCUUGUGAAGAAGGCGUCUAUUUGCCAAAGUUCAUUGCCCCCACCCCUGCAAAUGGAGAGACAAUUCCAGCUGUGAUCAACCAGGAAUGCGAGAUCAUAGUCAAUGCAACAGCUUCAGCAUCAAGCAUUCAUGCCCUCCUCAUAAGUGGACCCCUCAACAUCACUGUCAACAACUAUGGAGGCAGCUCUACACAGUUUGCCCUGAGAUGGACUCCAAGAACUGAAGACCUCGGAGGAUACUUUCCUGUCUGCUUUGUGGCCGAAACCAGCACCACAUUCUAUCAAUCUGACAUGAGGUGUGUCCUCCUUGAAGUUGGAGAUGGCACAGACCCACAGCCCACAGCCCUGGAUGCUUCUGCUGAUAUUGUGGUUGGUAUGAGGAUGGUUGUUGAGUCUACAGUUGAUCUAACCGAUGAAAGUCAAUCAGAAAUCUUCAUUAGGCAGUUUCAAGAGGAGCUGAUCAAGAGAGGUCUACCCAACUCCACAACCGUGCGCUUGAGAAAGGUCUACCAGAGAGAUCCAUGAUGACUGUUGAUAACUCUGGGAGGUGAAGAGGGAUGCUAACGGUUACUGGACUAAAUGCAGGCCUUUAUAAAACUCUGUCUAUUCAGUUGUGGCAAACUGAACUGCUAAAACAUUUGGGUACUGGGUUGAUGUCAACAUUUGGUUCCACUUUUGUUUACUGUAUAUUCCUGUUACAUUAGUAGUUAAAUAUGAACAUGUUUUUCUUGAGCCUUUUAGCUGUCUCGUAAUGACAGCACAGUAUACUAAAUAUGCUUUCAGUACUUUGAUGGGCUGUUGUAAAUAAAAUGUUUUUUAGGGACUAGUUCCACAGAAAUGCAAGGAAAUAUCCCACAUUUUGUUGCACAUUCUGCUCAGGAGUGUGAACUUAAAACAUAUUCAGAAUUAUUCUGUCUUACAUUUUGCCACAAAAUUGAAAUAAAAAGAAAA